AGAGAGAGAGAGAGACAGAGCAUGAUGGGCUUAAUAUAUAGCUUGAAAAACGCUCUUGCAUCGAAACAAACAACAAUGAUGUUCCUUAUUCUCAUUUCUCUAAUCCCCCAAAAAGAAUUUGAGAACAGGGAAAACAAAAACAGAACAGUCAUUCUCUGUUGGUGUGUCUCAUACAUGACAAUCCCUGCUGCUCUUGUCUUUAUCCCUGUUGGCAUCCUCUUCUUGGUCUCAGGGCUCAUCGUCAACAGCAUUCAGCUUGUGUUCUUCAUCAUUGUUCGUCCAUUCUCAAGAAGUUUGUAUAGAAGAAUCAACAAAAAUGUUGCGGAAUUACUUUGGUUGCAGCUCAUAUGGUUGUCUGAUUGGUGGGCUUGUAUAAAGAUCAAUUUAUACGCUGAUGCAGAGACUCUAGAGUUAAUUGGGAAAGAACAUGCACUUGUCUUAAGCAAUCAUCGAAGUGACAUUGAUUGGCUUAUUGGAUGGGUCAUGGCUCAGCGUGCAGGUUGUCUUGGAAGCUCUUUAGCCAUCAUGGCGAAAGAAGCCAAGUAUCUUCCAAUCAUAGGUUGGUCGAUGUGGUUUUCGGAUUACAUUUUCUUGGAAAGAAGUUGGGCUAAAGAUGAGAAUACCCUCAAGGCAGGUUUUAAACGACUUGAGGACUUUCCUAUGACAUUUUGGCUAGCUCUUUUCGUUGAAGGAACUCGUUUCACUCAAGAGAAGCUUGAAGCUGCUCAAGAUUACGCCUCUAUCAGAAGCUUACCAUCACCUCGAAAUGUUCUGAUUCCUCGUACAAAGGGAUUUGUUUCAGCGGUAUCUCAAAUACGGUCAUUUGUUCCUGCAAUUUAUGACUGCACCUUUACCGUUCAUAACAAUCAGCCUACACCAACUCUGCUUAGGAUGUUCAGUCGACAAUCAUCUGAGGUAAAUUUGCAGAUGAGACGUCACAAAAUGAGCGAGUUGCCAGAAACCGAUGAUGGCAUAGCACAAUGGUGCCAAGAUCUAUUUAUCACCAAGGAUGCUCAACUUGAGAAAUACUUCACAAAAAACGUAUUUAGCGACUUGGACGUUCACCAAAUCAACCGGCCAAUCAAACCAUUGAUCGUGGUCAUCAUUUGGUUGUGUCUUCUUAUAUACGGUGGUUUUAAGCUAUUCCAAUGGCUUUCCUUAGUGGCCUCGUGGAAGAUCAUUCUUUUGUUUGUGUUCUUCUUGGUGAUUGCAACUAUAACAAUGCAAGUACUUGUUCAAACGUCUGAGUCACAACGUUUCACUCCUGCCAAGAGACCUUUAGAAGAACAGCUUAUUUCUGCCUAGUAAUAAAGAAACCUCUGUUUAAGCCAUAGAUUUUACAUUGCAUUGUUCCUUCAAUCAACGAUAAUUGUUGGUGUUAGUGUGUAACAAUUAAACUGUUUAUAUAUCUAGUUCUAUCAUUUAGUCAACAACCAAAUGUUCAUUGUGAAAUUUAUGUUUCCAAAUGUUUGUAUUAAAAAAGUAACUAUAAAAUCUGACUUUGUGAAAUAUCAGCUCGUUGUCAUUA